AUGGAGGCCAAUCAGGAAACAUCUCUCUUCUUGGUGAAGAUCUUGGAGGAGCUAGACAGCAAGCAAAACACUGUUUCCUACCAAGACCUAUGCAAAUCCCUGUGCGCCCGCUUUGAUCUGUCGCAGCUUGCCAAGCUGAGAAGUGUGCUCUUCUACACAGCUUGCCUGGAUCCCAAUUUUCCAGCCACGUUAUUCAAAGACAAGAUGAAAUGCACCGUAAAUAACCAGCAAUCAAAGAAAAUCAUGGUGGCCGCCGACAUUGUGACCAUCUUCAACCUGAUCCAGAUGAAUGGGGGAGCCGCCAAGGAAAAACUGCCUGUGAGUCGCCAGAAAGUCCGCAAGAAGGACUCAUCCUUCGAGUCGUGCCGAGCUGAGACCGAGACCUGCAACGCGGCCGAGUGUGGGCCCCUCAACUGUGAGCUGACCGAGCGACCUUUCACCAGGGGCUACCCCGCCCGACAGUCGUCCAAGUGCCGGAAGAUGGACUGCAAGGACUGCCCACAGUUUGUCCCUGCCUCUGAGCCCAGCUUCUUGCUGGGUGUUAGCAAAGAGGUGAAACCCCGCGCCGCAUCCCUGGACAGACCUCAGGCCCUGGCCCCGUACACUGUUGCCAGCCCCCAACCCUGCGAGAUGCAGAGAACCUACUUCCCCAUGAACAUUGAAAACGAGUCCAUUUCAGACCCUGACUCUUUGUCUAUCACCCCAGGCCUCAAGGAGACCUUCAUUUCCAACGAGGAGCCCUUCGUGGUCCAGUCCUGUGUCCAGAAAAGGAAUAUUUUUAAAGAGGACUUUCACAAUCUCAUGACGGUCGCUCCGAGUUUGGUAGGUCCUGCUAGCAAAGCAGAGGCUGAGCAUGGGGAACCCUCCAGUCGAAAGGAGCCCCACAAGCCACCUUUCUUUAACCACAGCUUUGAGAUGCCCUACAACAGCCAGUACCUGAACCCAGUGUAUUCGCCACUGGCCGACAAAAGGCGCGUGAAGCACGAAAGCUUAGAUGACCUUCAAGCCUCCACAUAUUUCGGCCCCACUCCAGUGGUGGAAGCCCGCAGGUGCCCUGGGAGGCCAAGCAAACAGACCCCCUGGCCAGCCAAAAGCUGGAGUCUAAACACUGAAGAAGUCCCUGACUUUGAAAGGUCCUUUUUCAAUAGAAAUCCCUCUGAGGAGAAACUCCGCUACCCCAACUCCAGCAGCCAGUCCCCCAAUUUUCCAGCCCCAGACAGGCGCCAAGGGUACCUCACACCAAAGGAGCAAGCGCAGAUUCUUCCAGUUGGCUAUGCCGCGAAAGCCAACGGACUCAAAUCUAAAGAUAUCCCAUCCCCUUUGGACCUGGACAAACACGAACCAGUCAAAAAAUUUAAGGACAAGAGUAUUAGCUGCACCAGUGGGCAGCUCAGCUCGGAUACCAGUAGCGUGGGCACCCAGACAGAACAGCACGUGCUAGAGCCCAAGAAAUGUAAAGACUUGAGUGGCUCUGGCCAGAGCAAGUACAGCGACAGACAUGCCCGGAAGCAUUCAGACGAUGACUCAGAGAUUGUCAGCGAUGACAUCAGUGACAUUUUCCGUUUUCUCGAUGAUAUGAGCAUCAGUGGUUCCACCGGGGUGAUACAGUCUUCCUGCUACAACAGCACAGGGUCUUUGUCUCAGCUUCACAAGUCAGACUGCGACAGUUCUCCUGAGCACAACCUACCCAAGAUCACCAACGGCGUUCCCAGUCACAAGGCAGACAAGGGCAACCGGCCCGAGCACCACCACCACUCUGAAGACGAGCUGAAGACCAGUGUGUGCAAACUGGUGCUCAGGAUCGGUGAAAUUGAGCGCAAGCUCGAAUCGUUGUCCGGAGUCCGCGAGGAAAUCUCCCAGGUCUUGGGUAAACUAAAUAAAUUGGAUCAGAAAAUGCAACAGCCGGAGGUGAGCGUGCAGAUCGAUCUGAAUUCCUUGACCAGUGAGGCUCCGUCUGACGACAGCGCCUCCCCGCGGAUAUUCCGUGCGCACAAUGACUCCCACGGACCUAAGCUGGAGAACAACGCAGACUGGUGCUGUUCGGACGCGAGCGGAAGUAAUAGCGAAAGCCUGCGUGUCAAGGCCUUAAAAAAAAGCCUCUUCACCAGGCCUUCCUCUAGGUCCCUGACAGAGGAGAACAGUGCUACGGAAUCCAAAAUCGCUAGCAUCUCCAACUCCCCUCGAGACUGGCGGACCAUCACCUACACCAACCGUCUGGGUCUCAAUGAGGAGGAGCUGAAAGACAGAGGCCCCGGGGACAAUAAGGACUGGCAUCGGAAAUCUAAAGAGGCAGACAGGCAGUACGACAUCCCCCCACAGCACCGGCUGCCCAAGCAACCCAAAGACAGUGGCUACCUGGUGGAGCAGGUGUUCAGCCCUCACCCCUACCCUGCCUCCCUGAAGGCCCACAUGAAAAGCAACCCACUGUACACAGACAUGCGCCUGACCGAGCUGGCAGAGGUGAAGCGGGGCCAACCAUCUUGGACCAUCGAGGAGUACACACGAAACACAGGCGACAAGGGAAAGCUGACAGCUUUGGACCUACAGGCACAAGAAUCUUUAAAUCCAAACAAUUUAGAAUAUUGGAUGGAAGAUAUUUAUACUCCAGGCUACGACUCAUUACUAAAACGCAAGGAAGCCGAAUUCAGACGAGCCAAGGUCUGCAAGAUAGCAGCUUUGAUUGCAGCUGCCGCCUGCACGGUUAUCCUGGUCAUUGUUGUGCCCAUCUGCACCAUGAAAUCCUGA